AAUCCACUAAAAGGUUAUCUGAUUGAUCACUCCUGUCCACACAAAAAAAAAACCCUCCAACUGCCAACCAGUAACUGACACAACCCCCUUCUUCUUCUUCCUCUCCCUGAGUUCAGAAUUGGUGGCCAUUCCAAAAUGUCAUCAGCUGUGGUUGCAGGAACUUCAUCUUCUUGCUCUGCUGCAUUCACCAGGACCCACUCCAUCAAACCCUCUUCGACCCCACCUCCAAAGCCACUCACACCUUCACAAUCCCAGAAAACCACUUUCCAGGGGCUCUCUCUUCAAGAUGCCAAAAGGGGUUUCUCCAAUUCCGUGUUGGCUGCUGACAGUAGGAGCAGUUUUGCCUCUGUGAGAAGGGGUCUUGAGAUCACUGCAAGAACUGCUGGGGCUGCUAAGAACAUUGAGGUUGAGGUUGACAAGCCACUGGGCCUCACCUUGGGCCAAAAGUCUGGUGGUGGAGUGGUUAUCACCGCAGUGGAAGGGGGUGGCAAUGCAGCAAAAGCUGGACUCAAGGCAGGGGACCAAGUACUCUACACCAGCAGCUUCUUUGGGGAUGAACUUUGGCCUGCGGAUAAGCUGGGGUUUACCAAAACUGCCAUCCAAGCAAAGCCAGACUCUGUCUACUUUGUUGUUAGCAGAGGUGCAGAGGUAGAUGUAAAAAGACUGCCAAAACGACCAGCUCCUCCCCGUUUUGGAAGGAAGCUGACUGAAGCACAGAAGGCUAGAGCAACUCACAUAUGUCUUGACUGUGGAUUCAUAUACACCUUAACAAAACCUUUUGAAGAGCAGUCCGACGCUUAUGUAUGCCCACAAUGCUCAGCACCAAAGAAGAGAUUCACACGAUAUGAUGUGGUAACUGGAAAACCGAUCGGUGGAGGCUUGCCUCCCAUAGGGGUCAUCAUAGGGCUUCUGGCUGGUGUUGGAGCAGUUGGAGCAUUGCUGGUUUAUGGUCUUCAAUGAGGCAGUUUCCUCUCAUCCAUCACCCUCAAAUUCUGGUCAUUUAGCCUAAUCUGUUCAGAUUUAUACCUCAUAUUUUUUUUUUUUUUUUUUUUUUGGGUAUUUCAAGAGUUGAAGUAAUGGGAGUUCUUCAAAUGUUGUGAAAUGAACUUUAAACUAGAGGCUAUGCACAUGAAAUUUGCAUAAUUCUUUAGGGUUUUUGCUUGCCAUGUCAAUCAUUUCAUCAAUGAAUCUCCGUAUGUUCAAGUUUUCAAGCA